UGUGCACCCAUGGACGGCACCAAUGGAGCGACGAUGCUGUGCGGCCACAAGGGAAAGGUGGUGGUGGUGAUGGGCGCCACGGCCACCGGCAAGUCCAAGCUGGCAGUCGACCUUGCGCUGCGCUUCGGCGGGGAGGUCGUCAACUCCGACAAGAUCCAGGUCCACGACGGCCUCGGCGUCGUCACCAACAAGGUGACGGCGGCGGAGUCCCGGGGCGUGCCGCACCACCUCAUCGGCGGGGUGAGCCCCGACGCAAACUACACGGCUGCCGACUUCUGCCGCGACGCCAUCCGUGCCGUGGAGUCCGUCCACGCCAGGGGCCGCGUCCCCAUCGUCGCCGGCGGCUCCAACAGGUACCUCGAGGCGCUGCUGGACGGGGAGCCGACGUUCCGCCGGCGCUACGAGUGCUGCUUCCUCUGGGUGGACGCCGACAUGCCGGUGCUGGACCGUUACAUCCGCAGCCGCGUGGACUGCAUGCUGGAGCACGGGCUCGUCGACGAAGUACGGGGCUUCUUCAAGCCGGACGCGGACUACUCCAGGGGCAUCCGAAGGGCCAUCGGCGUGCCGGAGAUGGACACAUACUUCCGUCUGGAGGCCAUGGGGAAGCUGGACGGUGACGAUGAGCUGCGUGCGGGACUGCUAUCAGAAGCCGCCGCCGAGAUCAAGGCCAGCACGUGCAGGCUAGCGCGCCGGCAGCUGCGGAAGAUUCGCCGGCUCCGCGGUACCCCAGGUUGGAGCAUCCGCCGCCUGGACGCCACUGCGGCGCUCAUGUUGAAGAUCAGCGAGGCCAAGGACCCCGAAAUCGAGCGAGCCGCGUGGGAGGAGGACGUCGUGAGGCCUGCCGUGAGGGCAGUGGCCACCUUCCUGGGUGGCAAUGGUAACAGAGAAGGCCAUAGGGAGGACGUCGGCAAGGCUGGUUUGGUCGCGGCAGUGGCCAAAGAGGUGGCCAUGAUGCCGGGAGCUGAGUGGUGCGGUCUCCAGCUCGAGAAGGCUGUGGGUGUAGCCGGGCCGUGUGUUCCUUCGAAUGGAAGCAGCCGCGGUGGUUUGAGCAGUGACCCGUCUUGCUCUGACCAACGUCUAUUUGGACUAAUAAUUUCUUAAAAAAGAAUAGGAUUCUUGUACUAAUGUAAGAUAUGCUUAUAUAUGCA